UCGAACCUUCUUCCCAGUACCGGUUUACCCAUAGUGCACUGCGCAGCUUCCUUUCUUCUCGGUUGUGCGGUGGUCCAAAAAAAUGUCGCUAUUAGACGGUCCGUUAAAUGUGCUCGGCCAGAGGACAACUGGCCAAUCUGUUCGCACUCAAAAUGUUAUGGCCGCAGCAUCCAUCGCCAACAUCGUCAAGAGCUCGCUCGGACCCGUUGGCCUCGACAAGAUGUUGGUGGACGAUAUCGGGGACGUGACCAUCACCAAUGAUGGAGCAACCAUCCUGAAGCUGCUGGAAGUGGAGCACCCAGCUGCAAAGGUCCUGUGUGAACUGGCUGAUCUGCAGGACAAGGAGGUUGGCGAUGGGACAACAUCUGUGGUAAUUCUUGCUGCAGAGUUGCUCAAGAGUGCCGAUGAGCUGGUGAAGCAGAAAAUUCAUCCCACAUCAGUCAUCAGUGGAUACCGUCUGGCUUGCAAAGAAGCAGUCCGCUACAUUACUGAGAACCUCACUAUUGGAACAGACGACCUGGGAAGAGAAUGCUUAAUCAACGCCGCUAAGACCUCCAUGUCUUCCAAAAUCAUCGGAGUUGAUGCAGACUUCUUUGCUAACAUGGUGGUGGAUGCUGCCAUGGCUGUGAAGUUUGUGGACAGCAAGGGGGUAGCUAAAUAUCCCAUCAACUCAGUUAAUGUGCUGAAAGCCCAUGGCCGCAGUCAGAAGGAGAGUUUCUUGGUCAACGGGUAUGCACUGAACUGCACAGUCGGUUCACAAGGCAUGGUGAAGCGUGUCGUUAAUGCCAAGAUCGCUUGCCUGGACUUCAGCCUGCAGAAGACCAAAAUGAAGAUGGGUGUACAAGUUAUUAUUAACGACCCAGAGAAGCUCGACCAGAUCAGACAAAGGGAAUCUGAUAUUACCAAGGAGAGGAUCCAGAAGAUUUUGGCAUCAGGCGCAAAUGUUAUACUGACCACUGGUGGCAUUGAUGACAUGUGUUUGAAGUAUUUUGUGGAUGUGGGAGCCAUGGCUGUUAGACGAGUUUUGAAGAGGGACCUCAAACGCAUCGCAAAGGCAACAGGAGCCACCAUCUGCCCUUCUCUGACCAAUCUGGAAGGAGAGGAGACGUUUGAGGCCACUAUGCUUGGCCAAGCUGAGGAGGUUGUCCAGGAGCGCAUCUGUGAUGACGAGCUCAUCCUUGUCAAAAAUACCAAAGCACGCACAUCAGCCUCCAUCAUUUUGCGUGGAGCUAAUGACUUCAUGUGUGACGAGAUGGAACGUUCACUGCAUGACGCUCUCUGUGUGGUCAAGAGGGUGCUGGAGUCAAAGUCUGUAGUACCCGGAGGUGGUGCUGUGGAGGCAGCCCUGUCAAUUUAUCUGGAGAACUAUGCUACCAGCAUGGGUUCCAGAGAGCAGCUGGCUAUUGCAGAGUUUGCUCGAUCUCUCCUCGUCAUCCCCAAGACGCUGGCUGUGAACGCAGCACAGGACUCAACUGACCUGGUGGCCAAGCUGCGGGCCUUCCACAAUGAGGCUCAGGUUAACCCUGAACGCAAGAAUCUCAAGUGGAUUGGUCUGGACUUGGUGAAUGGCAAACCCAGAGAUAACCGUCAGGCCGGUGUCUAUGAACCCACGAUGGUUAAGACAAAGAGCCUCAAGUUCGCCACCGAAGCUGCCAUCACAAUCCUCCGCAUCGAUGACCUUAUCAAACUGUUCCCAGAGCCGAAAGAGGGCGGGCAUUCGUACCAGGAAGCUGUGGAGUCUGGAUCUCUGCAGGGUUAAGAGGCUCCAAAUUGGUCCCAAUAGAUUCAACUUCUGUAUUUAUACUCGAGAAGCUCUCCAUGGCUGUUGCUCUAGUGUAGGCUGUGCACGUUGCCUGUUUACUGUUCUCCCACUCCCUCUGCCUUUGGAGCUCUGUCUUCUAGAAGAACUGUAAGCGAUUGCUUUUUUUUGGACACUUAAUAAAGCUCAGAUGGUUGUAAAUGA